GAAGCGGAACGUGAAAUCACGGAACUAGUCGUUAAAUUCUUUGUGCCGAGCAUCUACGAAGACAAAACGGGCCUCAAAGAAUUCACACAAGCAAUCCACGGCUUCCAUGCCUUGGACAUCUACCGCCGAAGCAGACUCUUCAUGUUCUCGAAAUCCAACCAACCACUGAGAAGUCCACGUCCUCCCAUCACCGACUUCGCCCUGAUGCGCUCUGCCACGCGGCUCCAUGAGGCCGGCAUCACCUUCCAACAGAGCCCUUCCACCGCCCUCACAGCCAUUGAUUUUAAGCCACGCUGUGGCAUCCUCACGCUGCCCUGCAUAACCGUGGAUGACACCACCCAGUACGAGUUUCUCAACAUGGUUGCCCUGGAACACCUACAUGCAGGGUGCGGCAGCGAAAUAUCUUCCUAUCUUGCCUUCAUGGACGCGCUGGUGGACUCAGCUGAGGAUGUGCAACUGUUGCACAAAAAUGGACUUGUCAACAAUGGGCUGGGGAGUGACGAUGACUUUGCAAGGCUUUUUAACAGUAUGAGCAGGGAGGUGAUAGUGGACCAAGGAGGAAGUCUGGGGUCAGUGCAGGUGUCGGUGGAGAAGUAUUGUCGGAAAAGGUGGAAUAAUUGGAAGGCGAACCUGGUGCAUACAUAUUUUAGGAAUCCUUGGUCAUGCAUAUCUGUUAUAGCUGCUGCAUUUGUCAUCUUGCUCACUAUUCUCUCUACCGUCAUCUCUAUCUUCCAGUGGAAAAAUGUGUGAUGCACAGAGUUUACUUGAUCAGUUCCUGAGCGCCAAUUAACAUGAU